UUGAAUUGAUCCAAUCGCACAUUAACCUGCGCAUGCCCGGAGAACCUGAGACCGCGGCGGGACGCGAGAGAAGGAAAUCAAGCCGAAGAAUACACCCAAGUUUGUUUAGUCCACGCGCAACCGCUGCUCCGUGAACACGUGCGAGUUGUUAUUGUGUUAUCAUCGUUAUUGUUUUUGUAAGACGACUUCUUUCUUCGCAACGUAGGAUAACGCGAAAGAUAUCGGUCGUCCAGCUGGAUAAUCUCCGACUUUUUUACAAAAUACCUCAGCAACUGGGUAUUUUUCAUAGUUUUUUUAUUCUUCGUUUUUUGAAAAAUUGACAUCGAUCAAUAGUCUUGUUUCCGAUCGAUCGAAGACUGCGAUAAAUACGACGACGUGUUAGAAAUGGCAGACGCGGAAUUGAGCAACCUUUUGAACAGGAGGCAAAAAAUCAACGAGGAUCUCGAGGAGGGCAAAGAGGUCAAGAAGGAAUACAAAUUCGUCAACGUUUAUACCGAAUUUCACGAACUCACGAGGCGCGAGAUCAAGCAGUACGAGCAGACCUUCAACAGAUUCGACGAUGGUCGUGACGGUUUUCUCGAUCUCACAGAACUGAAACGAAUGAUGGAGGUCCUGGGAGCACCUCAAACGCACAUUGGACUCAAAGCGAUGAUCCAGGAGGUCGACGAGGACGGUGACAACCGCAUCUCAUUCCGAGAGUUCCUCCUCAUCUACCGGAAGGCUCGUGCGGGUGAACUUGAACAAGGUUCCGGUCUGGGACAGCUUGCAAGACUGACUGAAAUUGACGUUGACGAAGUUGGAGUAAAUGGUGCCAAGAACUUUUUUGAAGCAAAGAUCGAUGAGCUCCGCAAAUCCAAUAAAUUUGAGAGUGAAAUUCGGAUGGAACAGGAAGCGCGUAAACGGGAAGAAGAGGAACGAGCAGAGCGACGAGCACAAUUUCGCGAGAAAGCUGCUCUCUUCGGUAAUCAAUAGUAUAUCGUUCCCGUCGUUAUGAUAAAAAAAGAAACGCUUCGCAAGACAUAGCACAGAAUAAUACAAAAAUUCUCGGACGUAAAGAGAGCUGUACAGAGUCGAAGUACGUUAUAUAUCUACAUAUAUCUAUAACUAUGCUUAUAAACAACUUGUGUGAAUUAGAAAAGUUACGUAUCGCGUAUUGAUAAUUCUUUGUGUCGUAUGAGAUUCAGAUGUUUCUUUCCAUGUCAAACUUCAUUACAUUAUUGGAGAAAAAAUUUAACUUUAAAUUGCAUCUUGCGCAAAGUUAGAGACAACCGUCAGUAAGAUAACUUAAAGUUGUAUUUUAAGAGAGAAAGAUAUUUGACAAAAUUGUUAUGCUUUAUAAUUAUAACAUAGAGAGUAUACGAUAGACAUAUUUAUACACAAAUGAAACGGAAAAAAAAAGCGAGAAAAAUAUUUUAGGACCAAAAUUCGGCGGGAACGAUUACGGAAUGCGGUUACGCGUUACUAUUGUAAUUGUUGCUGUGCACUAUAAUACUUUAGACUACAGUAAAACAUAGGUAUUAGCGAUAUAAGAUUACAUUAGAAUUAAAUUAGGUGACAAAAACUACUGACGAUAAUCGAAAUAGGUGUGUCGCGGUCGAGAUGUGCAUUUAAUCUAUUUAUGUACCGCUUGGCGAUGAAAAUAAAUAUGUACGACUAACAUUAGAUAUUAGCAAUUUAUGAAACAAGAAGUAGUGAUUGCAAUCCUGUAUCAGCGCAAAUAAUGCCAAACCUUUACAAACAUCAGUAAUUGUCAUUAAUAUUAUUGUUUGUACUAUUAUUAUUAAAUGUUUAAUUUUAUGAAAAAAUAUUGACCAUGUGUUGUUGUACUGUAAAUAAAAUAUAUGAUUAAUGUUUAUGUA